AAAUGGUUGUGUUAAGUAAUUUUCCACCUCCUACGGAAGGUAUAAGACACCAACAGCCCGCCACUGUCGCACACGUUAACAACAGAGAUAUUGGGAAAGGCACUUUGUUUAUAACGGAAAGUCGUCUGUCGUGGGUAAACAACUCCACUGGCCAGGGAUUUUCUCUUGAGUACCCUCACAUUGCUCUCCAUGCAGUAUCAAGGGAUUUGCAGUCACAUCCACAGGAGUGCCUUUAUAUAAUGUUGGACACACAUGUAGAUGCAGAAGAAAACCAGCCUGAAGAAAACGCUGAUGACGACAGUUCAAAUCCUGAAAUGACAGAGAUGAGAUUUAUUCCUGAUGACAAAGGAAUGCUAGAUGCAAUGUACCAUGCUAUGUGUGAAUGCCAAGCUCUGCAUCCUGAUCAGUCUGAAAACUAUGAUGAUUGUGAAGAAGAUGAAAUUUUUGGUGAUGCUGAAGAAGAUGAGAACGAAGAUGGACUGUACAACAUACCUGGGGAUGUACCAAUUAUCAUUAACAAUUCUUCGUUCACUGCUGCAAAUGGGCAGCAGCAACUGCAACAAGAUGAGCCAAUGGAAACAGAAGCUGGGCAGUUUGAAGAUGCUGAUUGUGAGCCAGAUAAUUAAGAACGUUUGUGGCAAUUCUUUCCUGCUUUGAUUUUGUUGUUCUGUUUGUUUGACUUGUUAACUACAUUUUCUCAUUUGUUUGUUUAUAAACAUCACUUCAUGAACGUGUUAUUCAGGCAAGCAGGAAACAAAAUAUUCUUGUAUUUUAAAGCUAGUUCUUAUUUUUUUUUUUUACAGUCUGAAAGACCGAAUGUUGGAGUUGAUCUCUGUAAAAUGGCAGAAAAUUCCUUUGUAAUAAAUUUGUCAAUAAAACUAUUUUUGUCACUA